AAUUUAUCACGUUAUAAAAGAAACUAGACACCAAUGCCAAACUUGUUGUCUUCACGUAAGUACAGAAUCAAGUUCCAAAGAGAGAGAGAAGACAGACAAACAAAUCUACAAAGGCGACUAAAGAAAUCUGAAAAGUCUCUGACUCAACCAGAAGGUUUGGUCAAAGAAGAAGAUGAACUCUCGCGCCAUCUACUCCGUCAUCGCGCUCCUCGCCAUUGUAAUCUCAUCCGUCGACGCAAGCGGCUUCAGUUUCGGACACUCGCUUGAUUUCGUACGGACCGGAUCCUCUUCGCUCUUCUCUGGAUGCGAAGGAUCGAUCGCUGAGUGCAUCGCCGAGGAAGAGGAGAUGGAGUUCGAUUCCGAUAUCAGCAGGCGCAUUUUAGCGCAGAAGAAGUACGUUAGCUACGGUGCGAUGAGGAAGAACAGUGUGCCUUGCUCACGCCGCGGAGCUUCGUAUUACAACUGCCAGCGUGGCGCUCAGGCGAAUCCUUACCGCCGUGGAUGCAGCACCAUCACGAGAUGCAGGCGUUGAUUGAAGAAGAACAUAACUUAAAUUCCUAUUUUGCCCUUGUAUGCUUCUUUUUUUUCUUUUUUUUGUUUGUUUAUUUCCGGGAUAUACGGGUUUGAUUUACACAUUGAAAACAAGUUAUUUUUCUGGUUGUUCAUAUACAGUAAAUACAUAUUUCA